CACAUGGGUGCCACGAAGCGAAAUAAUUUUGGCCAACAGCCCACGGCCUAAUACGCGUCAACAACUGAUGCUUUCUUAAAUAACAAUGCGUCUUAUUUAGUUAUUGCACGCCUGAUGCACUUCAGACACAAAAACAGUAAUCCACGGGGGCAGGAUGCUUAUGAAGAUGGACAAGCCAGGGGCACUACAAACGAAACGUUUGGCGCUCGAGCAAACUUUGGUUAUUCAACGCCGAAUAGCGAGAGCGUGAUCGCGGAAGCCAACCCAAUAUAUGGAGCGGUAGAUAUUAAAAGAAAAGAAGACAAAACCGCCAAUUAUAACCCACCUGGAUACGAACCCGUCAAUAUGAAAAAAAGACGAGGCAACGAAGCUGAGUCUCAAGCAGAUCCUGGAUAUGCGACGCCUGAUGUCAAUAGAAGAGAAAUCAAUCUCGUUAAUUCUUAUCCAGAGCCGCGGUAUGAAACUCCUGAUAUCAAAAAGAAAGAGAUCAAUGUCGCUACUGCAGAUUCUGCUUACUCAUCGCCAGAGAAAAAUAAUGCUGAUCUCGAACGCAUUUAUGUUAACGUAGAUCUCUAUUCUCUUCCGGAGGAAAAUAAAAGUACUAAAAAGGUAAGGCGAGACUUUUUUUAUUCAUUGGUUUACGGAUCCGCCGACCGUAAAUAUUCAGAAAGUGAAAAAUAAAAAAAAU